AUGGAGCGUGUGAGUGUGGGCGGAACAGCAAUUCAAAAUCCAGUUAACGGAGAUAGCAUUCAACAGCCACCACAAACGUUUACAUUCUCCAACAAGUUGGCAAAAUAUAAGGUCAUUGAAAAGGUGGGAGAAGGAACCUAUGGAGUAGUAUUUAAAGCCAUUGAUAUCACCACAGGAAAGAUGGUAGCCAUCAAAAGAAUUAGGCUUGAAAGAGAAGAGGAAGGAGUUCCGUCCACAACAUUGCGAGAAAUUGCGCUGUUGAAACAACUUUCUCAUCCUAAUGUUGUCAAAUUGUAUGAGGUGGUUCAUGAUUCGAAUCAAUUAAAUUUGAUUUUCGAGUUUGUGGAUAGCGACCUUAAAGCUGUGAUUGAUAAGCAACGAGAGAAAAAGCAAUAUUUUCCUCCCAUUACUGUUAAACAGUACAUGUUUCAAAUGAUUCAUUCUUUGGCUUAUUGUCAUUCAAAUAGAGUACUUCAUAGAGAUAUCAAGCCACAAAAUAUUCUAAUCGACAGUGAAGGAAAUGUCAAAUUAGCAGACUUUGGAUUAGCACGCGAAUUUAACAUUCCAGUUCGAACACUAACAAAAGAGGUGAUUACUCUGUGGUAUAGAUGCCCUGAAUUGCUGCUUGGAGCAAACAAAUAUUCUACUGCAGUAGAUCUGUGGUCAAUCGGAUGUAUCUUUGCAGAACUUGUUUCGUUGACUCCUCUAUUUCCAAGUGAUUCUGAAAUUGAUCAUUUAUUUAAAGUGUUUCAACUUUUAGGAACGCCAAAUGAGGAUAGUGGCAUUGUUAAUCUUCCUAACUAUAGAAACACUUUUCCCAAGUGGAAAGGCAAUUUACUUGCCUCAAAAUUUCUUCGAACACCUUUCGAAAAAGAUGCUCUUGGUUUGGACUUGCUGGCUCGAAUGCUUACUAUCAACCCAGCUCAUAGAAUUAGUGCUCAUGACGCAUUAAAGCAUCCAUACUUUGACGAGUUACUGAAUUGCUAA